GGUUACAGUUCGCUCGAUUGUUUAUUAAAUUUGCCUAUAACAUUUUUGCAACAUUGUACAUCCACUAACAUAGUUUGACUUGAGUACAAAAAAUGACGGAUCGCGAAUAUAAGGCGGCAGGUGCUAAGGACGUUGAUUCUAUCCGCAGAACUAAAAAACAAGAAAGUGUUCAGCUCCGCAAACAAAAACGAGAAGAACGUUUAUUGGAAAAGCGAGCUACUUUGACCCAUUUAACUCCUGAAACUAAGAUAAAGUAUCCUCCUCCAAGUAUUGAAGAUCUACCCCAGCUAGCCCAGCAGGUUUAUUCCGAGGAUCUUAACGUUUUACAAUACAGCACUACUCAAAUACGAAGACUACUUUCUUCGUCUAAAACCGUUCCCCCCCUUAAAAAAGUGAUUGACACUGGCAUUAUACCUCGUCUUGUUCAGCUUAUGAACUCUGACGAUGAAAUUCUUCGUAUCGAAACGGCCUGGACGCUCACAAACAUUGCCUCCGGCACCCAAGAACAAACAAGAUGUGUGGUUGAUGCCAAUUCGAUUCCCAUCUUCAUUAAACUGCUGUAUGAUUCAAAUCUCAAAGUCGCUGAACAGGCUAUGUGGGCUUUGGGGAAUAUAGCUGGUGACUGCCCGGAAUUGCGGGAUCUGACAAUGAACCACGGAAUCCUGGAACCCCUUAUGGUGCACCUUUCGACGGCCCUCACCAACUACGAGCAGGUUGCGUCCCACGAAGGGAUUGAAAGUGACGAGGAUUUCAAGGCCAAUGUGACGUUAAUGCGCACUUUUACGUGGACGCUCUCCAACUUGUGCCGCGGGAAAAACCCAUCCGCCGAUCUCCAGCGCCUUCUCCCCGCUCUUCCUCUCCUGGCGCGGUUGGUCCACGCGGGGGACAAGGCGACCAUUGCUGACGCCUGCUGGGCGUGGACGUUCAUAUCCGAUCUCGAAAGGGGGAUCGAGGCGGUGCUUGAACAUGGCGUCGCCCCCCGAUUGGUGCAGCUGUUAUCUUAUCCGUCGAAGGACAUUGUCUCGCCAGUCUUGCGCACCGUGGGGAACAUCCUCGGCGGUGACGAAAUCCAGACGCAGCGGCUCAUCGAUUACGGCUGCCUCUCGCAUCUGCACAGCCUCAUCGAGAGCAACGAGCAGUCCGUCCGCAAAGACGCCUGCUGGGCUCUCUCCAAUAUCACGGCCGGGACAUUUGAGCAGGUUCUUUCGGCUGUCCAGGCCAAUGUAGUGCCCGGCUUGGUCCGCUGUCUCAGGGACGAGGACCACCGCGUGCGCAAAGAGGCGGCGUGGGCCGUCUCCAAUGCUGCGCACGUGAAUAACAGCCCCAGCCCGCAGUCCCAAGAGAUAAUCGCUUAUUUUGUGGAACAAGGCGCCAUUGGUGGGUUAUUGACAGUUCUGGAGGACCAUCCCGAUCCGAAAACCACGUGUGUCAUAUUUUUGGGACUUAAGAAGUUUCUACAGGCGGGCACUCGACUGAACACUCCAGACGGGCAAAAUCCGUAUGCUUUGACUUUUGAGGAGAACAACGGCGUGCAAAUAUUGAACAAAAUAAUGCAGCAGACGCAGAACGCGAAGGUCGCAGACGGCUGUCAGGACCUCCUUAAGUUUUUCGAAGUGGAGCAUGAAGAGGAGGCGCUGGCUCCGCAGCAGGCAAGGGAAGGAUAUCGUUUUCAGAGCACUCCCAACAUGGGCGGCUUCAACUUUUAAUGAGCUUGUCAUGAGCGUUGGGGGGAAAGUAAGUAGAGGAUGGCGAGUAUUAUGAAGUAGCGGCCUUUGCUAGAUGAAAGUCGAAAAGAGCAUGAGUUGGGAAACUUUGAGCCCUUUAUUAAUA